ACUCGAGCCAAGCGUGAGGCGCAAGUAUCCACCGGAUACAAAAAACUUCCAACUACCCACUGGUGAUUAGACGCCAUCGCCACCAGUUGACAGCGAUUAUCCUUAACGCGAAUUUGAGUUGUUGUAUGUUGUAUGUUGUUUAACGGGAACUUGAAGGUGGUCUCUUCUCGCAUAGUGUCUUUGCGUCUUUUUGUCCCGAAAAAAAGGACAUUCUAGCGGUUAUAGAAUAUAGAAUGAAAUUAUACUCGUUACACGUCUAUUGUCGCAGGAACAGGAAACAACCGGGUUCCAUCUAAAUAAUAAAUUUAUUUUGCUGUUAUUUUAUUGUUGCCGUUUUUGGUCUUUGGUCCUUACAAAAAGUGUUUACAUGGAAGUUCUGCAGGAAACAACAAACGAAUGACUUUAUUGUUAUCGCCUUUGUUGAAAAGGACAAAACGAUUUCAAAGUGUUCUGAGAAUAAGUUCGGCUGGAUAAAAUUUGCUUCAUUGUGUCACAAAUUUCAAACAACACAAGUUAAGGAAGAAGAAAGGAAAAAUCAAGACUGGUGAUAAAUAAGAAGAAAGGCCCAUGUUUCCAAAUAACAGCAGAAUAAAGGAAAAUAGCAGUCAAAUCAAAUAAACUUGUGUCCAAAGUCCAGACUUAAAGGAAGAAAAACUUAACUUUUCUUGUAAACUAAAACACCGCUUCCAUGUCGUCCUGAAUUCUUUAAAGGAUCAAAUUAGUCAGAAAGUGAAGAUACGAAAGGCUAAGCACAAGAAAUAGAAGAAAAAGAGAAGAAGAAGAAGAAAUAGAAGACAUCACAAUUGAAGUGUAAAGGAAGUACUUCCAAACCCAUCGUCCGUCGUCGUCGUCGUCGUCCGUCAAGCGUCGACGAGAAGCGCAUACACAAUAGGACCAAACAACAAUGGCUAACGAGAAAAAGAUUCCUCCAGGUGUAUGCUCUAAUGGUACCACCACAACUAUUUCAGCCGACGAUAUGACUAACAGAAAACCAAGUUGUUAUGGGGGCUUAUUGCCCAUGGGCCUUCCACAGCCACUUUUAUUGGAGGAGAAAAAAUAUUUGUUGGCUGUUGAAAGGGGAGAUAUUGCCAAUGUACGAAGGGUACUCCAGCGAGCACAUCGCAAGAAACACAUCAAUAUCAAUUGUAUGGAUCCUUUGGGUCGACGCGCUCUUACUCUUGCCAUAGACAGUGAGAAUCUGGAGAUGGUGGAGCUGCUUGUUGUUAUGGGAGUGGAAACAAAGGAUUCUCUGUUGCAUGCAAUAGAUGCGGAGUUCGUUGAAGCUGUGGAACUAUUGUUGGAGCACGAGGAACUGAUUUACACCGAAGGAGAAUUGUAUAGUUGGCAGAAAGUUGACAUCAAUACGGCCAUGUUUGCUCCAGAUAUCACACCCUUAAUUCUUGCCGCACAUAAGAAUAAUUUUGAAAUUUUGAAGUUGCUCCUGGAUAGAGGGGCCGCAGUACCUACCCCUCAUGAUAUAAAGUGUGGUUGUGAAGAAUGUGUUCGCCACUCAACCGAAGAUGCCUUAAGAUUCUCCCUAGCUCGUGUCAAUACUUACAAAGCCUUAGCUAGCCCAUCGUUUAUAAGCCUUACAUCACAUGAUCCAUUGAUGACAGCAUUCGAGUUGUCAUGGGAUCUAAGAAAUUUAGCCUUUACAGAGCAGGAAUGCAAAGCUGAGUACCUUGAAUUACGAAGACAGUGCCAACAAUUUGCAGUUGAUCUUUUAGAUCAAACGCGAACUUCCGAAGAACUUGCCAUAAUAAUCAACUACGAUCCAGCCCAUAGCUAUGAACCAGGAGAUCGAAUGACUUUGAGUCUUCUGGAACAGGCCAUAAGCUAUAAGCAGAAAAAGUUCGUAGCCCAUCCGAAUGUGCAACAACUUUUGGCAGCCAUUUGGUAUCAAGGUCUUCCAGGAUUCCGUCGCAAAACUGAAGUUCAAAAAGUCCUUAAAAUAGUUCAAGUAGCAAUAAUGUUUCCAUUAUACUGUUUGAUCUAUAUGGUCGCGCCAAAUUCAGACAUUGGAAAACUAAUGCGCAAGCCCUUUAUGAAGUUUCUGAUUCACGCUUCCUCCUACUUGUUCUUCCUAUUUAUUUUAAUACUCGUAUCUCAACGAGCCGAAGACGAUGUUAUACGUUUGUUCGGUACCGAUGACAUGAUAAAGAAUCUUGACGAAACUUCUAGACAUCAAAGGGGAAAAGGUCCAACGAAGCUAGAACUUAUAGUCGUUUGUUAUUUGGCUGGGUUUUUGUGGGAAGAACUUCAAGAGAUUUUCAAUGUCGGAAUGAAAAGCUACUUGAGGAACAUGUGGAACUUUAUUGAUUUCUUACGGAAUGGAUUGUACAUAAGUGUCUUUUGUUUAAGAGUGUUUGCCUACAUCGAUCAAAGAAGUGAAAUUGAGAAGGACCCCAAUCAAGCCUUAAUACCACGCGAGCAAUGGAAUGAUUUUGAUCCGCAACUUAUAGCAGAGGGGCUAUUUGCUGGAGCUAAUAUCUUUUCGGCCUUGAAAUUGGUUCAUUUGUUUUCGAUCAAUCCACAUUUGGGACCGUUGCAGAUAUCUUUAGGGCGAAUGGUCAUUGAUAUUGUCAAAUUCUUUUUCAUCUAUACUUUGGUGCUGUUUGCGUUUGCUUGCGGUCUUAACCAACUGCUGUGGUAUUUUGCAGAUUUGGAGAGGGAUAAAUGUUAUAAUGCAACAAAUGGCGAAGCCGAUUGGAAGGAGAAUGGUGAUUCUUGUAUGAAAUGGAGAAGAUUCGGAAACCUUUUCGAAUCGUCUCAAUCUUUGUUUUGGGCUAGUUUUGGAAUGGUCGGUUUGGAAAAUUUUGAACUUUCUGGAAUUAAGUCCUACACUCGGUUUUGGGGACUUCUCAUGUAUGGAUCCUACAGCGUUAUAAAUGUGAUAGUAUUAUUGAAUCUUCUUAUUGCCAUGAUGUCGAAUUCAUAUGCCAUGAUUGAGCUUCAUUCGGACACAGAAUGGAAAUUUGCUCGCACUAAGCUUUGGAUGAGCUAUUUUGAAGACAGUUCUACUUUGCCACCGCCCUUCAAUGUCUUCCCAUCCAUAAAGUGGGUAAUAAGACUCUUUAGAAAGUCAAGUAAGGAAUUGGCAAGAAAAAAAUCACAGGUAAUUUUGAAAAUAUUUUAUUAAAUGAGAUUUUCAAAAACGUUUAUUUUCUUAUUUGAAUAUUGAUAGAAACGUGGAGAAAAUAAAACUGAAAACCGUUAUGCUAGUAUUAUGUGGUCAUUGGUUUGGCGUUAUGUCUCAGCAAAUCACAGGAAACUAGAACAAGCUCCGGUAACUGAGGAUGAUAUAAAUGAAGUUAAGGCAGAUAUUUCUACAAUGCGAUAUGAAUUGUUAGAGAUUUUUGAUAGUAAUGGAAUGGAUGUUUCUUCGGCUGCCAAAAAAGAAAAACCACAUCGUGCUAAACAUGCCAAAAUUUGGGAACGACGUCUGAUGCGUGGUUUCCAAGUUGCUCCAGUCCCUACCGCAGUAGCAAGCAAAACAUCAUCAAACAACGUCAACGGCGAAGGUGACAUCAAUGAAAUCAAAAUCGAGAGUGAACCCCAUCAGAAACCUAUCCACGAAGAUCCAAAAUCUCGAUUCCGUCGCAUAGCUCGUACAGUUGCUAAUCAAUCGGCCGUCCACAAAUGGAAUCUAGUGCUCCAAGGAGUGGCAAAGAACUCUCAAAUUGGGCGCUGCUGCAGCAAGGAGAGCUACAAUAGCUUGCAACAUUUGCAAAAAGCCAUCGGAGAGGCAAAGAGGUUGGUAUUACUAUCACCACCCCCACAUGGUACUGGUUGCGAAACACCAGUUAUCGAAUUCGAGGAUGAAAAAACGAGCACGCUGUUGGAUCUGUUGAAUAAAAUUGGCGCUGAGUUGACAGGCACGGAUGAAGCAAACGAGGACAGCGACAUUACGAAUGCAAAAUCAGUUCAUAAGCUGGUGGAGGAUGUGUCAUCAUCAAAGCAGGCAACGAACCCAAUGCCUCCGGACAUUCACCCAGUUGUUACUGAAUAUGGAUUCAUAUCGCCACCGCAGUCGUUGAAGCAUGAUACGGUGCUGGCUAAGGAGUCACAGAACCAUCAGCAACGUAAGACGCCUGCGGUCGACACCAACAAGUCAGCAACGACAAAGAGCCAAAAUGAAUUGAUUCUAUCAGCAUCCAGUCUUGGUGCUGCUAGUGGUGCAAGUAAAGUUGUGGGGGGUAUGGAUGGAGCAGCUGAAUUACUCUUGAGGAAUGCUGAUAGUAAGACGCUAGCGGGCAAAGCAAUUAAAAAAAAUCCCCCUCCCCCUGCUCCACAUGUUCCUGCUACUGCUACUGUAACAAAUGCAAGUGAAAAAGGAGGAAGUAACACGACUACGACUAGAUCCACACCCAAGCCACCGUUGCUGAGUAAACUAUCUUCAUCGGUGCAUCCAUCGCAUCCAUCGCAUCCGCCCAUGCAGCAGGAUUCUUUCGAAGUGACAUUCUUCGAGAUGGACGAUGCCAUGGAAGAGAUGUAUAGUGCUGGCCUAACAGACAGCCAGUCCGAAGCAAGUAGUGUAGCUCUGCAACCACCACCACCCCCAAAACCAACAUCGAAUCCAAGGAGUCCUUAUAAGAGGGGUACGGGAAGACAAGGAUGGUUUUAAAGUUUAUAUAUUGUCUGUUCUGAUGAAAGCUGUAACCAAUUACAAACAUAGCGAUACUGUGUGCGCAUUUAAGUUUUAAUAUAAGAUUAAAAAUAGUUAUACCUCAUGAUGUCAAACAAACAAACAAACAAAACAAAAAAUACAAAUUUCAAACUCUUAGAGAAUAAUUAAAGUGCAAUUAUUUAUAAAAUAAAUCAA